CAGCAGCAGCAGCGGCGGCGAAGCAGCAGCACUGAGGCGAGCGAGGCUGAGGUUCCUGCUGCUGCUUCGGAGAGUUGGAGGAGGAGGAGCAGCCUCAGCCCAGAAGGGGGCGCGACGGCGACGGCGCUGACGCAGCAGCGCGGAGCCCGGGAUUGGGGCGCCCCUCCGCGGCGUCCCUGCCGCCGGAUUGCAGGGUGGGCCCUCCGAGGAGGAAGAGCAAGAGGGAGAGCAGUAGCAGCAGCAGCAGCCGCCCCCAGGGGUGGACACUGAUCCUAUGACGCAUGCCCGGAAGAAACAGCUUUUACUUCUGAAACACUCAGCUGGUUCUGCGGGCCAAGCUUUGUCACCGAUUGACGGUGAGAGAAUGGAUAGGACUGAGACGGAGGAUAGUGAGCAAGGAAAUGGCACUAAGGGGCAAAACUGCCAGAGCAGAUUUGCAGGCGUGAAUAAAAGCAGGAAUUCACGGGAACUCAGAAAGACGUACCCAUUGAGGAAACGUCUCAGCUCAUCUGUGGAUAAAAAAACAUGCUCAGUGCUCCUCACUAGACUAGAGGAUGUUGCCACAUCGUUGUCAGAGGAAACCCAGAGUGGGAUGAAAAGCGGUUUUGCCCAUUGUAUGGAUGACCUCAGGUCUGUCUGCUUUCCAGAAUCAGUUCAGGUGGUGAGUGCAAGGAAACCAGAUUCUCCUGGGGGAAAAUGCACAAUAUCCUGUUCAGAAACCAAGCAAGAAGGGCACGGUGCCUGUCUCUCAGAACCCAGGAAACGAAGGCUAGCAUCCCUGAAUGCUGAAGCUGUCAACAACCUGCUUUUUGAACGGGAUGAAGGCUUAUUAUCUGGCAGACGUUUUCGCAAAGAUCCCCCCAAAGUCAGUGGAGUUUGUUGCACUAAGAGCACAUGUUGCAAAUCUCAGGGCACUUGGCCCGUGACGGAAAAGCAAAGUUCUAAAACAGCGAAGGGAAAGAGACAAAACAGAUCAGGUUCUAAGUCUGCUCCUGGUGACCAGUCAUUGGAUGAUGUCUUUGAAGGGAAGAGACGGGAGGAUGAUGGGAUUUCCUACCACCCUGCUCCAAAGAGGUUGGCCAGUCUUAAUGCUGCAGCGUUUCUGAAACUGACUCAUGAAAAAGACCAGCCGCUAAAGCCACGGAGUAAAUCAGCUGGAGAAAGCAAGCCUGAGAACCACAGUUCCAAAUCAAAGCUUAAGUGGGCCAAAGCCAAUGGGAAAAACUGUGUUAAAUCCAAAAAGGAAAUGUUCACUAUAAAUACAGAUGGUCAGCAUAGUUGGCAGGGAGGCACUGAGGGUGCAUGUAGAAAAGUAAUCCAUCAGGAUCCCCCUAGAAUCUAUGGAAAAACAGAAUCUAUCAAUUAUGAACCAUUACCUAACUCUUGUGAAGGCACAGAGGGCUUCUUUCACAGGCUGCCUUUGCUAAUGGGUGGUCAAGCUUCCAUGAAGCCUGAAUAUGGAAGGCCUGGAGAGAAAUCUCCAACUCCCAAACAGGAAUUUCAUCAGCCUUCCUUCCCAGUACCUCAGUUCCAUCCUUUGCCUGUGCCGGGAAACCAUCCAGAUUGUGGCUGUCUCUAUGAAUCGUCAGACUUGACUCCAUUGAAUGGAUUUUAUGUUUAUUAUGGCCAAAGUGGAUACAAUACUUACACUCAUUGCUCAGUUUACCCGAAGGAUGAACUGUCUGAGGCAACAGGCUGUGACGGGCUCUUGGUAUCUCCAGGUUCUUUAACGUCUGACCCCUCGUUUCAGCCAUUUCACUGGUGUAAUUCUCCAUACUGUUGUGGAGAAGGACCGGCAAUUAAUAGUUACAGCCUCUGUGGAGUUAUGCAUGUACCAGAAAGCAGAAUUGGUAGUGUGCAUACAGGGCGGAAUGGCUACCCUUAUAAGAUGCCUUUUGCAGCAGAUAGCUGCAAGUCUCUGGACCAGCUGAGCCUCACAAUCCCUGUGGCAGGGCACCCUGUUUCACCUGCCCACCCACUCUCAGGAUGUCCAGUACCCAGUGUGCCACCAGCUGCAGAACCCGUUCCUCACUUGCAAACACCCAACUCGGAACCCCAGACGAUGGCCCGCGAGUGCCCACAAAGCUCCAAGCCCCCUAGCGGCUCUAAAUCCGGCCUCCGUAAUACAACUAGCUGUUUACAUGCCUCUGACAGUAAAACAGUCGGCGGCCACUCUCAUCCAAAGCAGCAACGCAUCAACCGGAGGAGAGCCACAAAUGGCUGGAUUCCCAUUGGCGCAGCCUCUGAGAAGGCGGUUUAUGUGGUGAAUGAACCGGAGCCAGCUGUUCGCAAGAGCUACCAGGCAGUGGAGAGAGAUGGCGAGAUCAUCCGGGUCCGAGACACAGUCCUCUUGAAAUCAGGACCACGAAAGAAAUCUAUGCCUUAUGUGGCAAAGAUAUCUGCCCUUUGGGAAGACCCCAAAACAGGGGAACUGAUGAUGAGCCUCCUGUGGUAUUACAGGCCGGAGCACACUCAGGGAGGCCGUAAUCCUAGUAUGCAUCAGAAUGAGAUCUUUGCAUCGCGACAUCAAGACGAAAACAGUGUUGCCUGCAUUGAGGAGAAGUGCUAUGUUCUGACCUUUGCAGAGUACUGCAGAUUUUGUGCCUUGGCAAAGCGUCGAGUUGAAGGGAUCCCAGGCAAGAAAACAGUGAUGGUUCCUCCAUCAGAAGAGUAUUCAACCCCUCCACAUCGUAAGGUGCCAGAGGACACUGAUCCAGAACUGGUUUUCCUCUGCCGCCAUGUCUAUGACUUCAGACAUGGGCGCAUCUUAAAGAAUCCCCAAUAACAGAACUCAGCGACUCUGGGGUUAAUAAGCAGCAAAAGAGGGCCAAGGGCAGACUGACCUCAUAACCAGUGCAUGCUCCUUACUAUUGUGGAGCAGUGCCCACAGGCACAGAACAGAAUGCCUAAACACCCUAUUCUCUGCAUUUGGGAACAGAUUUCCUUUUAAGGCAGAUGUUCAAAGCACAGCACUUCAUAUAAAGAGCAUAAAUGGAAAUAUAUAUCUGUAGAGAAAAUGUAUGUGUAUAUAGAUAUAGGUGCUGGCUUCUGUAAUCUAUAUCUAUAUGUACAAUGAGCAUAUAUGGGGGGAGGGGAGAGCUGGGCCGGGGGAUAAAAGCCAGUAAACUGAAUCCAGAGAAAAGCCAGUCUUGGUGGGGAUGGUUAGAACAGACAGAUGGGGUAGUGCAGUGCAGAAAUGAAACCUGUGAUAGCUCCCAGAUAUCAUGUACUGAUAUGAAAGGUAAAAGUGGAGGACAUUUUGGAUUGGUUGAUUACUUGAGCUUAAGCUUUGAGGUAAGUCCAUAUUCUGAAGACAUUAAUGUCUUGAGUGUCUUUUUCACAUUCUGAUUACGUUUCUCUUUGUAAGAAAAGGAGGAUCACAAACCAAGCAUGGUUGUCUAGUCAGAGGGGGGUUUUCUAGCUUGCUGUGGGCUUCAUCUGUGAAGUGGGAAAUAUGUAAUAGAAAUGCCUCACAGUGUUGUGGGAAAGUUGCAUAUUUUUCUAAGGCUGUGAUCCUAAGCCAGUUGCUUAGCAGGAGAUUGUGUUGAGAUCAGUGAAACCUACUUUGAAGUAAAUGUGAUUCAGAUGAGGAGAUAUGAAGAUAAGGCCCAUCCUUAGACCGCUCUUGUUGAGGGCUCUCAGAAUAUGAGAUUGAAGUGACAGCUGCUACAAUACUGAUCGCUUCCCCUCAUAGGUCUGGGGAGGCAUCCCUUUUGCCAGUAGAAAUAGUUUAUAUUCUUUACCAUCCCAAUUACAUUUCCUUUGCUCUCAUUUUCAGUCCUUGUAGAACCCAAUUUGUGCACACCAGUGUACUGGGGAGGGCUCGAAGCCAGAGUUAAAAGGAAUUGCAGUGUACUGCUUGAGCUGCAUUCUUUCAAACAGGCAUCUUAACCUGACCAAUUUAACCUGGUGUGCUGUUGCCUGUCUACCUCUCUUCUCUCCCAGCAUCCUCAUUCCCUCAAAUCUCAAAACACUGACAUCCAAGCAUGCCCACCAAGGCAAGACUCUGGCUCCCAAAAGGAACUGACCAAUGAGAGGUUUGCAUUUUGAAAAACUGCUACCUGAUUCCUAUGGAUACUUCUGCCUCUUGCCUUACAUGUAUAGCUGUUAGAAAUACUUUAGUUUAGCUUUAACACAAAGCUAUUUCAGUUAAUUCUAAAGCAAACCAAAGGACAGCAUAAGAAGAGUCCACCGAAUCAGUCACACAACGCUGGGAUUCCAUUUGUAGAUUGCACUAAUUUUGAAGAAUGAGAAUCAACACUGUAUCAGUCCAUGUACCUACUGAUGGCCAGAGUCGCUCACCUGAACUAGGAACCUGC